AUGCGACAACUACGAUCAUCUCUAAUACUUAUUAGUUUGGCAUUAGUAAGUGUUAUUUGUGGACAAGAAAAUUUACAAUGGUGUAAUAAUGGACCUACGACUAAUCCCGAUCCGAAAUGGAUGAAAAUUCCAUCAAGAUUUGAAAUUAUGACCGAACUGGCGUCGGGAAAUGAAAUAAUGGAACUUUCACAAGCAUUUUCAAUGCAACGUGAUGCAAUUCUGACAAAUUCAAGAUAUGGAUCAGUACAAUUUUAUUGGAAUUUUGUUACAAACGAGCAAUUUGAGGUUCUAACUGCUAUUGUUAAUCAACAAGCAAUACCAACAUGUUUUCGUCAAGUGAUUGAACCUACAUCAGAAACUAGUGUUAUUCAACCAAAUACACUUUUUAUUAAACCAUCAAUUUUACUUGGUUUCAAUCCUCGUAAUCAAAUAAAUUCACUUUGGGGUAAUCAAUAUAUUGGUGAUGAAGAUCUGCGUGGUAUUCCUACGAAUAAAUUCAAAUCAUGUUUUUUUGUACCCGAUAUCAGAGCAACUGUAUCAGCAACAUAUUAUGUAUCCGAUGUAACGAAAAUUCAAUCUAAUUUAUCAGCAAAUCAAAGUAUGAUAUUACAAAUAGAUGUUCAAAUUAGAAAUCAAGUUGGUCGUCAAGAAACAUAUGAAUAUAAUGUGUUUCGUUAUACACCAAAUCCUAAUCUUCAAGAAGAACUUCAAGCAUUAGAAACGCCAGCAGGCGUAUAUUGCCCAAAUCGAACUUCUACAUUACCUGUACCAGAAAAUAUUCCUGAUAGAGUUAGCUCAAAUUCAGAAGCUUUCAUAACACAAUCGAAUAGCUCAAUUCUUAGUGCACAUAAUCUCUAUGAUACUGAAUUGCAAUUUAGUCGUAUUGAUCUUUGGUAUCCUGAUCCAUUCGGUGGACCACGUUGGUUUUAUUACACUGAAAUACAUGAUUUUGCAACUGGUCUCAGUUAUCAAUACAAUCAUACAAUACAUCAAUGUUCUGUUCGUGAUAUAAAUACUGGCCUUAGUGAUGCAGUGAUAGUGGAUGGAAAACCAAAUCUAAUACAAAUGGGUUCACCACAACAUGUAUUUUUAAUGGAUGAUAUUACAUAUCAAUAUACUGGUGAAAAACAAUGUCGUGAUCGUGUUUGGUGUCAUGUAUGGAUUGGUGAAAAAUCAUUACCAAAUGAUACAGUUCAACAUCGAGAAUGGUAUUGGGCAUCAAAUAUUAAUGGUGAACCUUUACAACAAUGGUUUCCUGUGAAAAUGAUUUUGCAAGCUUAUGUCAAAGGUGUUUCUAUAUAUAAUUGGGAAACAACUAUUUUCAAUUUUCGUCGUCAACCAAUGACAAUUUUUGAAAUUGAUUUUACAUUAUCUGAUUGUUAUCGAGCUUUAGGUCCAACUGAAGGUUUUAAUUUCGGUGUUGUAUCAUUUAAAAUAGCAAAUGAAAAAAAAUAUCCAGUACUUGAACAAAUAAAUAUUUUACGUCUUCAUAUAGUCGAAACAUUAGCUCUUACAUUAUUUGUACGACCAAUUCGAAUUUCAAAUCUUAUGGUUGAUAAUGAUGAUGAUGAUAUUUUAGUUACUUUUACUUUACUUGAUGCACCACCACGUACAGGACCUGUAGAAGUUCCCUUGCAAGAAGUUUCUCUCACUACAUCUAUCGAACAUCUUCGUAUGAUGAUUGAUGCGAAUAGCCUGGUCUUUCGAGUAAAAUACGGCACUAAUCAAGCUAUUUUACGAGCGCGAAUUAAUUCGCUUCAAGUUAUCUAUACGAGUUCUAAUCAAAAUGUUAGUCAAUGUGUUAAUCAAACUUUUGUUACAACUCAAAAUCCUAAUGAAUGUCUCGACACAACAACUCAACAAAAUCAAAAUAUUGAUCAAGGCAUCGAUAUAGUUUACAAGAGUUCAGGUCCAUUAAUCACUGGUCUUUGGGUCAGUUUCAUCGUUUUAGGCAUUUUGAUCGGUAUAGUUGGUGGUGUUCUUGUUUUGCAACGUUUCUUCAAACGAUGA